CCCAGGGGCGGGCCCAGGCUCCCGCUUGCACCGCCGCCCCUCGUGGCUCCUCCUAGCUCCGCCAGUCGGCGGGAGCCCAGGUGCCUGCGGGUAGGAGGCGCAGAGGAUGUGUUGCUGGCCGCUGCUCGUGCUGUGGGCGCUGCUCCCCCGCGCGACGGCGGGGGACUCGGGCCGGACCUUCCCGCACCGCACCGUCCUGGACGCGGAGGGCAAGUACUGGCUGAGCUGGGGCCCGCGGGACAGCCGGCUCGCCUUCCGCCUCGAGGUGCGCACAGCCGGCUACGUGGGCUUCGGCUUCUCGCCCACCGGGGCCAUGGCCGCGGCAGACAUCGUCGUGGGCGGGGUGGCCCAAGGGCGACCCUACCUCCAGGAUUAUUUUACAAAUGCAAAUAGAGAGUUGAAAAAAGACGAUCAGCAAGAUUAUCACCUAGAAUAUGCCAUGGAAAAUAGCACACACACAGUAAUUGAAUUUACCAGAGAACUGCAUACAUGCGACAUAAAUGACAAGACCAUUACGGAGAGCACUAUGAGGGUGAUCUGGGCCUAUCAUCAUGAAGAUGUGGGAGAAGCUGGUCCCAAGUACCACAGCUCCAAUCGUGGCACCAAGAGUCUAAGAUUGUUGAAUCCUGAGAAAACCAAUGUGUUAUCUACAGCCAUACCAUACUUUGACCUGAUAAAUCAGGACGUCCUCAUCCCAAACAAAGGUACAACGUAUUGGUGUCAAAUGUUUAAGAUUCCUGUGUUCCAGGAAAAGCAUCAUGUAAUCAAGGUUGAGCCAAUGAUACAGAGAGGCCACGAGAGUCUAGUCCAUCACAUCCUGCUCUAUCAGUGCAGCAGCAAUUUCAACGACAGCGUUCUGGACUAUGGCCAUGAGUGCUACCACCCUAACAUGCCAGAUGCGUUCCUCACCUGCGAGACCGUUAUUUUUGCCUGGGCCAUUGGUGGAGAGGGCUUUUCCUAUCCACCUCAUGUUGGAUUAUCCCUGGGCACUCCGUUGGAUCCUCAUUAUGUACUCCUGGAAGUCCAUUAUGACAAUCCGACUUAUGAGGAAGGCUUAAUAGAUAAUUCUGGACUGAGGUUCUAUCAUACAACGGAUAUAAGGAAAUUCGAUGCAGGGGUGAUCGAGGCUGGCCUCUGGGUAAGCCUCUUCCACACCAUCCCCCCAGGCAUGCCCGACUUCCGUUCCGAGGGUCACUGCACUCUGGAGUGCCUGGAAGAGGCUCUGGAAGCUGAAAAGCCAAGUGGAAUUCAUGUGUUUGCUGUUCUUCUUCACACUCACCUGGCUGGCAGAGGCAUCAGGCUGCGUCAUUUUCGCAAAGGGGAGGAAAUGAAAUUACUUGCUUAUGAUGACAAUUUUGACUUCAAUUUCCAGGAGUUUCAGUAUCUAAAGGAAGAACAAGCCAUCUUACCAGGAGAUAAUCUAAUUACUGAGUGCCGCUACAACACAAAAGAUAGAGCCCGAAUGACUUGGGGAGGACUAAGCACCAGGAAUGAAAUGUGUCUCUCAUACCUGCUUUAUUACCCAAGAAUCAAUCUUACUCGAUGUGCGAGUAUUCCAGACAUUAUGGAACAACUUCAGUUCAUUGGUGUUAAGGAGAUCUACAGGCCAGUCACGACCUGGCCUUUCAUUAUCAAAAGUCCCAAGCAAUAUAAAAACCUUUCCUUUAUGGACGCAAUGAAUAAGUUUAAAUGGACUAAAAAGGAAGGUCUCUCCUUCAAUAAGCUUGUCCUUAGCCUGCCGGUGAACGUGAGAUGCUCCAAGACAGACAACGCAGAGUGGUCGAUUCAAGGGAUGACGGCAUUACCUCCUGAUAUAGAAAGAACAUAUAAAGCGGAGCCAUUAGUGUGCGCCUCUCCUUCCUUUUCUGUGCAUAGAAAUUUCUCUCUCACGCUGCUCAUGUGUUUCAUGGUACUCGGCAGCAUACUGAGCCAUUUACACUUGUGGUCAUAAUUCUGUUGUCCUUGGUGGUGAUGUUUUCCAUGAUCUGAACCUGUCAUUUGAUGUGCAGGUUAAAGACACUUUGGGCAUAAGAGUGAGCGUAAAGACCUUGGAGACUUUCUUUUCAUAUACUCUUUUCCUUUCCACUCUCCCAGUCUACCUGAAAGAUGUCAGUUAGGUUCCCUUCUUUUUCUCAGAAAUGUCUGAUAAAAUGUAUCAAUUACCAAUAAAGAAAAACUGGCUUGACUUAAUAUAACUUUUACAAAAAUUCAGACAAAGUCAAGUGGAAGUAAAAGAAUUAUUUCUUUCUGUAUUACAUUUAUUUAAACCCUCAUUAUUUCUAUUUUAUUUUUUUGUUUUAUUUGGUUUCUAUAUUCCUUUUAAAAACUGGUUUUAUCUUAAAAAUGUAAAAGGAAGUACUUCCCAUUCAGGUUUUCUUUCUUUAUAUUGUUCUUUGAAUGUGACUUCCCAAGUGUAACAGUGGUCUCUUCGUUCUUUCAAUGUUAUCCAGUCUUGUACUUUUCUGUAAGUUAUCCAUGGGCCCCUUACCUCAGUGCAUUUUGAUGAUGCCCAUUCUAAUCUCUUCAUUUGUCAGAAUCUACUGGUACUCCCAAACUAUCCCUAACCCAUCUCAAAGUACUUUUUAAUUUUUCCCUGCUCAGCACUUGCCAGGUGAAUUUUUUCUUGAGCUCUGUCGCAAUCUCAAAAGAGACUAUGGAAAGUAUAGAAAUGGUGCGUAACCGAUUGUAGGCUGAGGAGAAAAUAUAUCUGGCCAGAAACCCUGUACUGUGAGGGGUCUUUAUUUAGGUUCCAGGUCAAAGGUCAGACAGUGUGCGCCAGCCGAGGAGGGUGUGAGGUCCAUGCAGUACUUUGCUGACUGGGUGGGUGUCACAAGUGCUGCAUACUGGCUCAAUUCGAGUCACAGUUGCUACUGUAGAUUUAUUUUUAUAUUAGUUAAUAAACUAACUUUCCAUAAUAAAAUUGUCACCAUUUGAAAAUCUUGUCACUCUUUUGGUUCUCUUUGUAUAGUU